UAGUCACUGGUGCUGCACUGACUGUGAUGGAUACGAGGAACAGGAGCAGUUCCGCCCCUGGUAUCGCGAGUUCGUGUGGGUUUUUCGUGACAGCGAAUGUGCAACACCACGUUAAAUAUCAUGAUGCGACGACGACGCGUUGACACCGUCACGUCUUUAAAGUGACGAGCCUUCCUCCGCGCGUUCCAGUGCGUUGGUCAUUGUAUCGCAUUGAUUUCCGAUGAUCGCUUGCGGCCUUCGAGCGAAUUGUGAGAGCGGAUCGAGGCAGUGAUCUGCACUGCGUUGCUUAAAUGGCUUUGCGUAUUAUGUCAGCAAUAGUGCCGAAUACACAUAAUAUAGUGGAUCAUGCAGCUGAAAAGGAAAAGUUACUGGAGGACUUAUUAGUCGCUGCGAAGGAAUGUCAUGUCAGAUUUGGUGGACGCGCGGAAUUAGCUACAGAAUCAGAUAUAUGUGUAGCUCGGCUUUGCCACAUAUUUGAAUUGAUUUUUAGCCAUGGAUUAAAGACGAAUUAUAUAGAGAAAAUCAACUCGGCGUUCAGACAUGUAUCUGAUUUGGUUUCUGGAGGUAAUGUAAAAUCCAGCAGCGCAGCAGACGCAGCAUUCUGGCCAUGCAUAAAAGAUCAACUCACAUGGCAUGAACAAGAGCGUUUUAGUACAUUGAGAAAGGUACAUACGGAUUAUGGUCGAGGCAGAGCAUGGUUGAGAGCUGUUCUGAAUGAAAGGUCCCUGGAGCGGCAUUUACAUGCUGUUAUAAAUCCUAGCACACUGUCUCCUUUCUACGAGGAAUGGGCAUUUAUAAUGGAUCAGGAAAAGAAUUCUGUAUUACCUAAUGUUGCCGCAGGCCUUGGCACAAUUCUAUUUGCGAUAAGAACGGAUAAUGAGGAGCUUGAUGAUCUAAAAGGGAAGGGAGCGGACAGGAAUAGGGGCGCGCAUUCGGAGCCAGUUAUUCCUACAGUACUUCCAGAACCUCUUGCAUCGGAACAAGAGAAGCGGAAGAAGAAAGUACCGACUCGUAUAAUCUCCUUCGACGAUGACAAUGAUGAAGACGAGCGCAGGGAAGCCGCAAUUUCUAUGAGCGCACCGCCAACGUGCCCCAGUUCUCCGGCAGCAGCGUCGACUAAAGAUUCUACUUCACCUUGCUUGUCGGAUUCUCAGCCGCACGUAUAUUCUAAUGACAGCGCAAUAGACAAGAUAAAACUUCCAGAAUGGGAACAAUGCGAGUCCUUUGAAGAAGAGAAAGUAUUAACUCCUGUGAUGGAUGCCGAAAAUAUGGGCGGCCUAGUACCUGUAUCGUCGCUUGACGAAACGCUAAAUGAUAUGUUAGUCACUCUGCCAAGUUAUUUAGAUGAUUCAUCGGAGAUAACAGAACCUGCGGUGGAGGCGACGGAACCGUUGAUUGGUUUGGAUUUCCACAUAGAUUCGGAGAAUUUAGAUAUAGAUACGUUGCGCGUGAGGCUUCUAGCUAUGACGGAAGUACUAGAGCAGGCCAGAGAAGAUGCGAUAACGAGCAGAUUGCAACUAGCUCGCUUCCAGAGGCAACAUCAGCAUUAUAUGGAAAGGCAUGAGUUACAGUUGCAAACAUUGAACAGAGAGAACGAACUUUUACGACAACAAUUACGUAAAUACGUCACGGCUGUUCAGAUGUUGAGGAGAGAUUCCGAUUCCACGACGAUAUCUGAGGACGAUCCAUCGUUGGAUUAUCACAGUGAAGCGCGACAGUAUGAGGAAAAGUUGAUACAAGUGGCGGAUAUGCAUGCCGAGCUAAUGGAAUUUAAUGCUAGAUUGACGAUGCAGUUGACGAACAGGGAUAGAUUAGUGAAAAUGUUGCAAACGGAAUUGGAGUGUCUCCGAGGGCCGUUAAAUGAGGACGAUCUACCCUCGGAACCGCCGUGUCUUAUUCACAUAUGGAUUCCAUCUGCGUUUCUUACGGGGCAGCCAUCGGACAUUCAUCAUGUUUAUCAAAUCUAUGUACGCAUAAGAGACACUGAGUGGAAUAUUUACAGACGGUACGCUCAAUUUUAUGCGCUUUAUAGAGAAUUGAAGAAACACGAUGCAAUUGUUACGACUUUCGAAUUUCCACCAAAGAAAACGAUAGGAAAUAAGGACGCGAAAUUUGUGGAAGAGCGACGACAGAAACUACAGCAAUGGCUACGGCGAGUUGUCGGACGUGUAGCGCAAUGUUCUCCCGCAUUCGCGUGUAGGCCGAGCAGGCAGACGCUCGUGUCCUUGAUGCCUUUCUUCGGUGAUAAUCCUAACGCCGAGGAAUCGAGGAAAGCUAAUUCCGCAAGAAGUACUUUCUCUUCUUCCCCUCAAUAUAUGGGUUUAUAAUCAUGACAAUUUUUAUAGACACAAUUUGUACAUACGAGAAACAGAAAUCUUAAUUUAAUUGCGUGAGACAAGUAUCUUGUUAUAUGCAAUAUAUAUAUAUAUAUAUAUAUAUAUAUAUAUAUAUAUAUUGUUGACAGAGUUAUGUGGGUUGAACACGUCAUUGCAUGUGUUUAUGUGUAAAUAACAUAUCUAUGCACAUGCGACUUGUAUGGUAUCGGCAUGAAAUUAAUUAAUAUGUAGCAAAGGCUAUUAAAAACUGGUCCUUUCUAUAAAAAUGGUAGUUCGUGUUUUUAAUAUUUUACUACCGAAAGGAGAUUAAUGUCCCAAUUUGGAAUUUUAUAUUAGUUUAAUUACUAGAAGUAAACUUAAUUUCUUGCCUAAAGUGUAAAAUAAUAUUAGGCAUGUACUUCACAGUAUCUGAUUUAAGUUCAUUGAUAAAAUGAAUAGAAUCCAAUGUAUAUAAUUAGAUUUCAAUAUAAACGCUAUACAAUAAAAUAACACAAUAAUGAUACCUGUAGUAGAAUAAGACUGUUUGAGUGAAUCCAAUAACUUGAAUUGAUAUUAUCGAAUUUUUAUAGAAAAUGAAUUAUAGAAAUUUUUUUAAGUGAUUAAAAAAUAUGUGCAUAUAACUAGCAAAUUUGAUGAGAACGGAUGGUAUAAAUUAAUAAAUAUAAGUUUAAAUUGAACACGUAAUUAGAAUAUGACGAUAAGUUUUCACGUGUUGUGAUAAAGGCGUAACGCGCAUUAAGUUACAACAUAUCUAUAUAUUUUUUAAAAAGUUUAUUUACUUAAGGCGCCUUAAUAGUAAUAUAAAAAGGUACAUUUUUCCAUUUAUCUUUUUUCUUAUGAGAAAAAUAAAAGUGCAUAUCAUUAUCGGAAUAAGUACAUAUAUAACAUGCCGGUAAAUCAAAGUACAACUAAUCGCGUGUGUGAAAACCACAAAUUUUUUUACGACUUACAGGGUAUUCUCACUAUGGAGAGGUAAGAUAAGAGGAUCCGUGAGAUCAAGGACAUCGAUAAGUAUCUCUCGAAAUAAAUCCGCGCAAAACGCAAGUAGCACUUUCGGCCUAUUUAAACAACAAUUCAUUUCUUUUUUACAAUAUAUUUGUACUGGGCAACACUUUGGCUGUGCUCACCUUUCCAUAUUGAGAGAAGUUUUUUUUCCUUAAUAGCAGGGCAUGCUCUGUGUUACAAAUAUACUUAGUUAUUAUUAUUAUUAACAUUUCUUGUUCUACGACCGACGAAUAAAGAUUAGUAAUAAUCAUAUCAUUUUGUGAAGCCAUCACGCAACAGUCGAUGUGUUUAUCUCAAUGGCCAAACGAAACAUCGUGAGCUUAAAUUACAUUACAUCACAAUUGCAAUGGUAUCGCAAUUAUCGUAAGCUUUGUUAUUAAACCAUUCGCGUCAUUUCCUCAGACAGCCGUCAAAAUAAUGGUAGAAUUAAACACAAAUUUCCUGCUUAAUCAAUCGUGUAGCAUGUCAAGUGUACUGUGAUUGAAUACGUAUUAAAAAGUACGAGAGAGAGGGAGUUCCAUUACUAUAUAUUCUCAAUACUAACAUUGUUUUACAUGUUUUCAUACUGUUGGGAUAUACACUUGUGAUACACGAUAAUUAACCGAAAGCAUGUAAGAAAUGAUAUAAAAAUUGGAAAGAAACGUUUAGUGAAAUAAUCAAUCAUGUGUUACUUCGAAUGAAACUGUAACUAUUGUAAUUGUAACAUUGACAUUUAUUCGCAUAAAUCGCCAAUAAAUCUGCACAUGGCAAA